GUGGAAGCCGCUCAGUGUCGCUGCUGCUGCUGCCGCCGCUGCCGCCCUUCACAUGAAACACAAUCCCGCUGGGGAGGAAGAAACUCUGCGCAGCGAGCAGGCAGGGAAAUGCAAACAUUAACUUAAUUCAUUAGCGCCGAUUGCCCGACGACAGCGAGGAAGGAGCCAUUCCGGAGCGGGAUUUAUUCCGUCGCGCGCGUGAAGAGGGAAAACAAACGGGCAAAGAGAAAAAACUUCCUGAAAUGAGCGGGGUUCCGUGAGACCGAGCUUGACAACCCGGCGAAUCGAGUUUACGAAGAAGUGCUCUCAUAUUUCAGCUGUCUCUCAGCAGCAAGAGGACUUGUUCGAAGCCGGCGCACGGGAAAUGGACUCUUUGGACCACUAAUCGUCUGUGGACUUUGACUGCGCUUCCUAAACACUAUUUCCCCUCUCAAACCACGGCCACUAAAACCGACAUAUUGAAAAGGAGUUGUUCCUCAAGUCCGCGGCAAUGGGGGAGCAGCCAAUCUACACCACCAGGGCCCACGUCUUCCAAAUCGACCCAACUACCAAGAAGAACUGGGUUCCUGCCAGCAAGCAGGCUGUCACUGUCUCCUAUUUUUACGACAGCACACGUAACAGCUACCGCAUUAUCAGCGUAGAUGGCUCCAAGGUGAUAAUCAACAGCACCAUCACACCCAACAUGACCUUCACCAAGACAUCGCAAAAGUUUGGCCAGUGGGCAGACAGCAGGGCUAACACUGUGUUUGGACUGGGCUUCGCUUCAGAGCAGCAACUGACCAAGUUUGCUGAGAAGUUCCAGGAGGUAAAAGAGGCAGCCAAGCUAGCAAGAGACAAAUCUCAAGAGAAGGUGGAGACACUGAGUAAUCACUCUCAGGAGUCUGGAAGUGAGACGCCCUCCACCAACCAGGCAUCCAGCAUUAACGGGACAGAUGAUGAGAAAAUCUCUCAUGUCGGUCCAGAGGCUGCUCUGCUGAAGAGCGAGAAUGAACACCUCAAGAGUGUAGUAGAACAGAGCAACACCAACGCCAAAAAGCAGGAAACAGAGCUGCAGACUUUAAGAGAAAAUAAUGCCAGGCUGGUGGAUGCACUGCAGGAGUCUUCAGCUAAUGUGGAGAGCUGGAAGAAACAACUUAGUGCCUGCAAGGAAGAGAGUGACACGCUCAGGGAAAAGAUUGCAGAGCUAGAAGCCCAGUGCAAUGAAGCCAAUCAGGAGAAGCAGAAAAAUGCCCAACUGACUGUGCGAGUCCAGGAGCUGGAGACUGAGCUACAGGACAAAGAGCAGGAGCUGGAGAACCUGAGGAGGCAGGCGGAGAUAAUCCCUCAGCUCAUGGCGGAGUGCGAGAGCAUCUCCGCAAAAUUGCAGGCUGCAGAGACAAAGAACAAGGAACUGGAGGGGAGGAUAGAGGGUCUUCAGAUGGACAUAAACGACAGCCGACAAAAGCAGGGCAACAUGAAGGGCGAGCUGAAGAAGUUCAUGGAUAUUCUGGAUGGAAAGAUAGAUGAGCUGCAUGAGGUCAGGCAGGGGCUUUCCAAGCUAGGUGUUGAUAACUGAGAAAAGUGGCACUGAGCUGAAAGGGUCAGAGGUCAGGUACGAAAGAUUGACGACAGUAUGUCUUCAGGGCAGAAACUGUGGCACCUACUUCCCCCCAAGGUGAUGUCCACUCAGAAACUAUCAGCUUUGGCUUCUAAUAAACACUACCAUGUGAGAAAGACAUGUUUUUGGAGAGGGAGAGAGAGACUGGCAGACUAAGAGGAGGAAGGCCAGCAUUCUCGAACAAAUGGCUUAAUUUUGUGCGCUGGCAUUCUGAAAGUAAAUCAAGAGUCACACUUGGAGCUUACUUAUCCGUUUCUGUGGGGGGAAGCGGCUUUAAAAAGCUGGUGGAGGGUUCUUAGAUUCUGUCCAUCUGUCUUUUUUUCUGAAGGCUUCAGCACUUCUACACAGGCAGUCUGAGCUUAGAGUGGGAGAGGGGACUUAAAAGGGCUAAAAUGAACAACACACAAAGACAAUGCUGUUCAGCAUCACUCAAGUAAUAAUUGGUAUUAAUCCUUGUGGCCCCCUCAGAGAAUUACAGUUGAAAUCUUUCUGUAGACUGUCCUCGCUGUUGCCUCUUGUCAAUCUCAGGUGUGUUAGAAGACAGUUUUUACUCAUUAGAUUUUAUGCACAUAUAUUACGGCCGUGACACAAAGUGCCUCCAGGUGAGUCCAAAUCCACCUGGCAAGGAGAACUGGCCAAGUGAUGACCAUCACCAUAAUAAUAACUUGAUGAUUUUUGUGAGAGAACCUGACGAAAAACAAACAUCCUCACUAAUAAAAUGAGAUGAAAAGACAACGCAGGCAGGUGAGCCCAUCCCGAGGAUGUUAAUGUAGUUAAUGAAUGUUAAUUUGGUGAGAAACUCAAAGGACAAAACAGGUGCUUGCUCAAAAACUACUGAGAAGGGACUGCAGCAGGAAUUCAUCACCUCUCUUGUGGGUGUCUUCAGUUAAGACAUUUUUGAUUAUUUGCAUAAAGUAGGAAAACUCUCUUGUCUCAGGAGCUUUCCUUUAAAAACAUCAAAAAAUAAUAACAGGAACCCAACUGGCCACAAGUGUAGUGUAGUAUUUAAAGGACUUUGUGGUUGUGAUAGUACUGUCCAUUUGUAGAACAAAGACAAAUGUCUCCAAGGCUGUUGAUGUGCUUCCUACACACUAGUUUUUUUUAUGGUGGUGGUUAUUUUUGAGUGAGGGUACUUGGUGCUGCUCGAUGGGUGAAUAAUGUGACAGUGUACUUCACUGAAAACAUUUAAAUGGCACGGGCCUUUUCAUUAACACCCUGUCAGAUUCUUGGUUUUUUUUUUUUGUUUAACAUAUUUAUUUAUUUUUGGUGCCUCUCCGCAACUAGUCUUUCUAGAACAUACCAAGUAAAUCAAAGUUACCUUAAUGGUGCUAUAUGUAAGUUUUUGCUAUCGCCAAAUAGCCAACGUUAGCAUUAACAGCUGUAUACUUACCAGUCUAGAAGAAACAUUGCGUGUUCAGCAUCUAACUUCAUUCCAUUACUCCCCAAGACGUGUCUCCAGUGGUGGAAAGGAACGCCAAUGUUAACUCUUGUUUUACUUUUAUUUCUUAUACUUCUUUUCUUCUACUGAAGUUAGCAUGCUAACCAGCUAGCCCUGUCCUGUCUCGUAAUACCACUUUGUGAUAGUAGUAUUCACUGUAGUGUCCAGUCUGCCCUCAGUCCAACAUGAGAGGAUGAGAAGUAGCAUUUAAAGGAACCUUAUUGCUGAACUCGCAACAUUUCCUCUAGACUGGUAAGAAAACAGCUGUUAAUGCUAACUUUGGUUGUGUAGCGAUAGCAAAAACUUACACAUAGCGCCUUUUAACCUCAUGUCAACCACAGAUGUACAAUAAUAUAUAAAAUUUACAAAACUGGAUUCAGAAGAUAUAUAAUGGAGGAUUUGUUUGCAGGAUAGUGUUUUGGGAAGUCCAUCUUGAACCAUGUUACAUUUGAAAUCAAAGGCACAUGUUGUAGUGGCAUAUUUACUGGGUAGUACUAUGAUGUCUAUAAUAUUCAUCACUGCUUUGAUCUUGUCAUAAGAUUGAGAUAUCUACGAAGGGACGUUUUGCUUAUUGUUCUCUCUGUUUAGCUCUACUGCUCACAAGUCACCAAAACCUGGAUAACACAAUGUAUGAUCGUAUGUUCCUUUUGAACCAAUGCCUCUUGUGCACUUUUGUGACCCUGUUCAAUAUUGUACAAUAGAACUGACAAUCGUUAAAAUUUAGUUUAAUUACAA